CUGGCUGGCUGCUCGGGCAAGGGGCGGGACCUAGGUCGGAUCUGCUUGUGAUAUCGGUUCGGGGGUAGAUUGUGGGGCGCUGGAGUGGAGCCGCCGCCGCCCGGUGAUCACAGCGCCCGCCCGCCCCCGCCAUGUCGGACUUCGACAGUAACCCCUUCGCGGACCCGGACCUCAACAACCCCUUCAAGGUACUAGAUGUUACGCAGCGGACCUGUGUGUACAAGUGAUCGCACCCCUUCCAAGCAGAUCCUUCAGUUACACAAGUGACAAGAAAUGUUCCACCGGGAUUAGACGAGUACAAUCCUUUCUCAGAUUCCAGAACACCUCCACCAGGAAAUGUGAAAAUACCUAAUGCACCUGCACCCAGUACACAACCAGCUAUAAUGAAACCAACAGAGGAACCUCCUGCUUACACACAAAUAGCAAAGGAGCAUGCAUUGGCCCAGGCUGAACUGCUUAAGCGCCAAGAAGAAUUAGAAAGAAAAGCAGCAGAACUAGAUCGCAGAGAAAGGGAAAUGCAGAAUCUCAAUCGACAGGGUGGCAGGAAAAAUAAUUGGCCUCCUCUGCCUGGGAAUUUUCCAGUAGGUCCUUGUUUCUACCAGGAUUUUUCUGUAGACAUUCCUGUAGAAUUCCAGAAGACAGUAAAGAUUAUGUACUACUUGUGGAUGUUCCAUGCAGUGACACUGUUUCUAAAUAUCUUUGGAUGUUUGGCCUGGUUUUGUGUUGAACCUGCUGCACGAGGGGUUGAUUUUGGAUUGAGUAUCCUCUGGUUCUUGCUUUUUACUCCUUGUUCAUUUGUCUGCUGGUACAGACCACUUUAUGGAGCCUUCAGGAGUGACAGUUCUUUCAGAUUCUUUGUGUUCUUCUUUGUGUAUAUCUGUCAAUUUGCUGUUCAUGUACUCCAGGCUGCGGGAUUUCAAGGAUGGGGUAACUGUGGAUGGAUUUCAUCUCUGACUGGGCUUAAUGAGAGUAUUCCUGUUGGCAUUAUGAUGAUAAUCAUAACAGCACUUUUCACAGCAUCUGCUGUCAUCUCACUAGUUAUGUUUAAAAAGGUUCAUGGCCUAUACCGUACAACCGGUGCUAGUUUUGAAAAAGCACAGCAAGAGUUUGCAACUGGUGUGAUGUCGAACAAAACUGUACAAACAGCUGCAGCAAAUGCAGCAUCUACAGCAGCAACUAGUGCAGCUCAAAAUGCUUUCAAGGGUAACCAAAUUUAGUGAAAUACAAAAAUCACUACAGUUCUUUGACUGUACUUUAUUUUCCAUCUUAUUAAUUCUAUUCCUAAAGACUUGCGUUCAAAAUACACACAGCAUGUAUGUCUCUCCUUCAGCUGUGCAUGGGCUAAAACAGGGGGAAAAAAUCUUGUUUUAUUCCUUUAUACAUUUAUUUAUCAAAACAAAAAAACCCACAGGCAACCUUCUUUGCCCUCUUUAAAACAUUAAAUACGUUCUAGAUAUAUAAUUCUCCAUAUUUUCUGGAGGAGCAAUAUUUUGGUGGAAACUUCAGCAAUGGAUCUGAAAUUGAUAUGGUAUUUUCUGUGAUCAGUUAAGUGUAUUUAGAGGGGGGUUUUAGUAUUUCACUCUGGAAUCUCUUGUUUUAACUUUGGAGCAGUUAUUUUUGUUCUUGAGCCUGUUUCCCUAUUUCUACUGCAAGAAGUAAGACUGACAGUUUGAGACUCUAGAUUUGGCUGCUGCUGUGGCAGUUUCAGCAGCUGAUGGACAGAUAUAAGUAUGGUAGAUAAUGUAAUUUUUUUUUUUUUUUUUUUAGAGCAGUAGGUUUUUAAUAUAAGUCUACAAGUUUGCAUGAGUAUUGUUGAGAUAUUUGGCCAUGCUGAAUUAGUGUUUUUGGUCCAGGAUUUAUCUGUACCACUUAAUGUUGGUUUGUAUCUAUUUUCAUGGCAUACUUUUUUAAAAUCAGAAAUGGCUAUUGCAUAGACAUUCUUGCUGCCAGAAUGUGUAAUGCGAUGUACAGUUAAGAGAAGUUAACUGAUGGUUUUGAUCAAAGAGCUAAAUGAUUAUAUUUGCUAUUUUUAAUUUCAGUUUUCAUGUCUUAGGAAAACGCAUUCCGUUAUAGGAAAAAUUACCAACCUUUAGAACACUUCCAUAAACAGUUGUUUGCCACCUUUUAAAUGCAGUGAAAUUUUUGUGGUGUGUAUGGGAGGGGGUGUUGGAUUUUUCUUUUCAGUGUCAAUUUGUGUUUACCAGUGGUACUAAAGCUAUAGCUUGGUCAGUCACUUUAUUUACUGCUUUUCCAAAAAUCUGAAUAUACAGUAUUUAAUUUAAUUUUUUUACAGGAAUAUUUUCUCUAAUCAAACUUUUGAAACUAUGGCAUUUAACACAUACUUGAAUUCCUUUUAACGCACCUCAGCCUUCAUAUGUGAUUUGAUUCAAGCUGAAUAAGGAAGACUCUUAACUAUUUUGAGUUGGAAAAGUGAAAUAUUUUUUAUCUCCAUUGAGAGAAUAAAAUUAAAUACGUUCAUACUGUUGAAAUGGAUAUCUGUCUAAUAGAGGGGUAGGCAACCUAUGGCAUGCGUGCCAAAGGCAGCACGCGAGCUGAUUUUCAGUGGCACUCACACUGCCCGGGUCCUGGCCACCGGUCCAGGGCUCUGCAUUUUAAUUUAAUUUUAAAUGAAGCUUCUUAAACAUUUAAAAAACCUUAUUUACCUUACAUACAACAACAGUUUAGUUAUAUGUUAUAGACUUAUAGAAAGAGACCUUCUAAAUACGUUAAAAUGCAUUACUGGCACGUGAAACUUUAAAUCAGAGUGAAUAAAUGAAGACUCCGCACACCACUUCUGAAAGGUUGCCGACCCCUUGUCUAAUAAAUUAAACUGUUGCUGUGAUGCACCAUGAUUCAUGCUGUUACUUGAGUAAUUUUCUUAAUCAGCUCUUGCUUCAGAAUCAUGUUGCUGUCUAUUUAAGGUCAUUUGAGAUUCCUAGGUAGGUUGGUUUAUUGGAUGAUAAUAUAUGUAGUACUUUGGACUGAGCUUAAAAUCAUAAAAUGCCAGUUUCAGAUAGUGAGAUCAUUAAGGACCUGAUCCCCAGAUCUUACAUAAAUGCUUUUGCUGAAAUCAGUAUGACUGCUCAUAUGAAUAAAAGUUUGCAAGUUUGAACCUUAAAAUUACAAAGGCCUGAUGUAUAUUAGGACAUUUGGUUAGUAUAACUACAUCACUCAGGAGUGUGAAAAAUCCACAUCCCCGAGUGAUGCAGUGAAAUGGACCUAAUUUCCUAGUAUAGGCAGUGCUAGGUCAAUGGGUGAAUUCUCCUGUCAACAUAGGUAGUGUGUCUCCUGAACCAGCUGCAGCAUUUUAAGUGCUUUUAGACCAGCCCAGAGAGGCCUCAUGUCCUGAAUGUGGAUUGGUUUUGAUAGAGGAAUAAUCUUCUCACUUCAAUUUACGCAUAUUGUAAAAUAAGACCAUUUUAAAAAAUACCCUUCAACAGCUUAAUACCUGGAGCAGUGUAGCACUUGCAUACAUAAAGCCCUGUAUAAAUUAGAAGUACAACUUAAAUUCAUAAUUUAACUUCUCAAAAUCCAAUUUUAGUAGUAAAGAUAAAUAUGGUAAGAAAGCAUUUUAAUAUGAUCUAUACUGACGUUGUUGUUCAUAAUUAUAUUGUCUCCACAUAAAAUUCUCUUCACUAUGAAUUAAACAGUGCAAUUGAAAUAACAGUAACCAGGACACACUCUAAAGCUUUCCCUCAGGACUUUAUUAAAAUCAGUAGAGGAGGUUUUAGUUCUUUUAAAAAUUUUGUUUACUCUUUAAUGUUCCAUCUGAAUUUUUAUUUUACAGUUUGUGUUGUGAUCUGCUAGCACCUUUCAGGCCUCUCUAGAUCCAAGUCCUACUUUUGUGAGUCUUCUUAACCAAGUAUGAAAAUUGUACCGAGGACUUCCUUUAAGGGUGGAUCUUAGGCCUGAAUUAAGCAUUUUUCUUUUUCUCAUGGGGUAUGAGCGGCAGCAUCCUCACAGUUAAAUUUAUUGUCAUACUGUAGAAUAGUAGAUUACCAGUCGUGAUAUUAUUAAAAAGCAACUUGCAACUGACACGCACAUGUCUGCUUACAGUCGUGCUUUGAGCAGGGGGUUGGACUAGAUGAUCUCCUGAGGUCCCUCCCAACCCCUGAUAUUCUAUGAUUCUAUGUUUAUGAUUCUGAUUCUUACAUGUUUACCUCUGCACUCAAAAAUGCAUUACGGUAUAAAAUUAAUAUAUAUGAAUAUUUGUGUUCCAAAGGAAAAAUAUUCUCAUUUUGGAUUUGAGAACUGAAGGCUGAUGUUUGUUAAAAUAUUAUUACUUUACUAACAGAGGUAUUGGACUCCUAUCAGUUAACACAAUAUGCACCCACUUACAUUGUCAUUUUGUUGUAUUGUGGCAAAUUUGGUUGAAAGUAUGUUUAAACACUGGAAUGUCAAUAGUCAGUGAUCUGUAAUUUAGGAUUUGGAUUUAUUUAUCUGAGGGAUGUUUGUAUAUUUUGUAAAUUACUAACAAUGCUCUGCCAUCCUAGUAAAUGUCAUGGUUCUGUAGAAACACACUCAUUCUGUCCCUCUGAUGUUGCAUGUCUGAGUAGUUCACAAGUUUUGUAUAUUUAUUGUAUUAACACAAGGUCAUAGAAUAAAAAUACUGUUUUUCCUGGAUGUUUGCUCGGAAUAGUUUUAAAAACAAGAUAGAGAUUUUUUUUAAAGGUCAGGUAAACAUGCAGGAAGGCUGUUCUGUAUAAAAAUAUGAUUUGGUUUUUACAAUCUGUAUAUAAAUUGUGUAAUCUGCUGAAAUGGGAAAGUAAGAUGUCCACUACAGGAAUAACAAAUUAGUAUGACUAGGAUUGGAUUAUUCAAAUAGUAUGAAGGAAAACUUCAGCAGUGCUUGUACCACUUUGUACUUGUGCUAUAAAUUGAAAAUUUAAAAACAAAACCAAAUAUCUAUCUCUC